AUGAUUAAAAAAAUGGAAAACACUGAUAUGAUAAGUAAAUUCAAUAAAGAAAAGUAUGAAGAAAUUAUUGAAAGUUUAAGAAAUAAAGACUUAAGUAAAAAUGUUUUUGAAACUUUGCAAAACUUCUUUUUGGAGGAAAAAGAGAAUAACAAAAAGAAUUAUGAAGAAUUAAAUCAUCUUAUAGAUAAAAUAAAAACUGAUUUUGAUGAUAAAAUUAAUUCUCUCAAAGAUAAUACUCACGAAAAUUUUGAAGAGUUGAAAUAUUAUUUGGAUGAAUUGAAUAAAAACAAUAAAAAUAAUACUUUAGACAGUAAUUCUUUUAAAGAUGAUAUUGAUUUUAUAAAAGAUGAUUUACUAAACUUAAAAAAACAAAAAGAGGAAAAUAUAAAUCUUAUAAAAUCGAGCACAAGAACUUAUUUUGAUAAAAUAAAAAGUAUUUUAAAUGUCAUGAAUAUAAAUAUUGAAAAUAUAAAAGAAGAAAUCAGUAAAUACAAAGAAAAUAAUGAAAUUGAAAAUAAAAAAAAAUAUAUUGAAAUUCUUCAGUUAAUAAAUGAUGAAAACGAAGCAUUAAACAAAAAAAGGGAAGAAUCUGUCAAUUUUAUAAAUAAUGAAGUAAAUCAAGUUAAAGAAUAUAUUAGUGACUUUAAGGAACAUUUAGAAAAGCAAAUAAAAAGUAUAGAAUACAAAAUAGAAAUAAAUAAAAGGGAAAUAGAUGAAAAAAUAAAUACUAUAUCAAAAAAUCAAAAGAAAUUUUUAGAUGAUUUUUAUCCCUCUUACAAAAGUUAA